GCUACACAACCAGAUCCGCAGAUCCACAUCCACAUACGCAUCCAGAUUCAGAUACAGAUCAGAGAUCCCCUAUAGCAGCGUGGAAUAUGUUCAAGUUACUCGGCCUCACGCUGCUCUGCACGGCGGUUCUGGCGCGUCCCGAGCCUCCAGUCAACUCCUACCUCCCGCCGUCCGAUAGCUAUGGUGCACCGGGGCAGAGCGGCCCAGGAGCACAGGGUGGAGGCCCAGGCGGUCGUCCAACGGAUUCUUACGGUCCUCCUGGACUAGGACAAGGACAAGGACAAGGACAAGGACAGGGACAAGCCCAAGGCGGUUUUGGUGGCAAGCCCUCAGACUCUUACGGUGCCCCAGGCGUUGGUGGCAACGGAAACGGCGGCGGACGUCCCUCUAGCAGCUAUGGUGCUCCUGGCAACGCCAACGGCGGCGGACGUCCCUCCAGCAGCUAUGGCGCUCCAGGACAAGGACAAGGACAAGGCGGUCGUCCUUCCGACUCUUACGGUGCUCCAGGAGCUUCCGGCAAUGGCAAUGGCAACGGUGGUGGUCGUCCUUCCAGCAGUUAUGGUGCUCCCGGCCAAGGACAAGGCGGUCGUCCUUCCGACUCUUAUGGUGCUCCUGGAGCUUCCGGCAAUGGCAAUGGCAAUGGUGGUGGUCGUCCUUCCAGCAGUUAUGGCGCUCCCGGCCAAGGACAAGGCGGUCGUCCUUCCGACUCUUAUGGUGCUCCUGGAGCUUCCGGCAAUGGCAACGGCAAUGGUGGUAGUCGUCCUUCCAGCAAUUAUGGCGCUCCCGGCCAAGGACAAGGAGGUCGUCCUUCCGACUCUUAUGGUGCUCCUGGAGCUUCCGGCAAUGGCAACGGCAACGGUGGUGGUCGUCCUUCGAGUAGCUACGGUGCUCCAGGUGCAGGAUCCGGCGGUCGUCCAUCGGACUCCUACGGUCCCCCUGCUUCUGGCGCAGGAGCUGGCGGCGGAUCCGGUGGUCCUGGAGGCAGUGGCGCCGACUACGACAACGAUGAGCCGGCUAAGUACGAGUUUAAUUACCAGGUCGAGGACGCCCCCAGUGGGCUCUCGUUCGGGCAUUCAGAGAUGCGCGACGGUGACUUCACCACCGGCCAGUACAAUGUCCUGUUGCCCGACGGAAGGAAGCAAAUCGUCGAGUACGAGGCGGACCAGCAGGGAUAUCGGCCACAGAUCCGCUACGAGGGCGAGGCCAACGAUGGGGGCGCCAGCGGUCCUGGUGGCCAGAAUCUGGGCGCCGAUGGCUACUCGAGCGGACGUCCUGGAGGCAAUGGCAACGGUGGGCGCCCAGGAGGUCAGGAACUAGGACAGAACGGUUACUCCGGCGGACGCCCUGGUGGACAGGAUCUAGGACAGAAUGGUUACUCCGGCGGACGCCCUGGUGGACAGGAUCUUGGUCGUGAUGGCUAUUCCGGUGGGCGCCCAGGAGGUCAGGAUCUUGGACAGAAUGGUUACUCCGGUGGACGUCCUGGCGGUCAAGACUUGGGCGCCAGUGGCUACUCUGGUGGGCGUCCUGGCGGCCAGGAUUUAGGACAGAAUGGUUAUUCUGGUGGACGCCCAGGUGGUCAAGACUUGGGCGCCGGUGGCUACUCCGGUGGACGUCCUGGUGGCCAGGAUCUGGGACAGAAUGGUUACUCCAGCGGUCGACCCGGCGGCAACGGUGGAAAUGCUGGCAGCGACGGCGGCCGGGUGAUCAUCGCUGGUCGUGUCACCGGCCCGGAUGGCAGCGAUCAGGGACAAGGCUUCUCCGGCGGUCGUCCUGGAGGCAAUAGCAACGGUGGACGCCAGAUCGGUGGUCAGGAUCUAGGUCGCGAUGGCUAUUCCGGUGGACGUCCUGGCGGUCAAGACUUGGGCGCAGGUGGCUACUCCGGUGGGCGUCCAGGUGGUCAAGAUCUCGGCCAGAAUGGUUACUCCAGCGGCAAGCCACAGGGUCAGGGUCAGGGUCAGGGCCGCAAUGGCUUCGGUCCCGGCGGCCAGAACGGCGACAAUGACGGCAGUGGCUACAGAUACUAGACGACAGGCAAUACUCGUACACGUAGAUCGAUUCCAGGACACAUUAGCUAGAACUUUCAUUACCUAGUACUUAAGACUUUCUAGAACUAUGACCCCCUCCUCUCCUCAUUCUUAGCCCAAUCUUAAGACUCCAUCUCUAUCUCUUACUCAUCUUGGGGUGUAUCAUGCCUAUUCCUUCGAUCUACCAUCGUCCCCAAGACUCCGAUUAGAAUAAGUUCAUAUUGUUGUAGAUGCAAGUGCAAGAAAA